AUGUCUGUAUGGCUUCCCCGCUCAACGACUACCACUUCCAUUAUUGCUCGCUCUUAUUCUCGCACCCUCUAUAAUGCUCAUUCUCACCUAAUUGCUCCUCGCUCUUUCCAACACAAUCUCCGACCCGUCCUUCCCCGCUUCCAAAGCUCCAAGCCUUCCCCCGCAACCCCUCCCCCGGCUGCUGCUGCAUCGCCCUCGGAUUCCACUUCAGGUCCCCCAGCUCCCAAGGAUGCUGCACAGGGUCCCUUAGGCGCCCGCAUCUGGAAAAAGGUCAAGCAUGAGGCCCAACAUUAUUGGCACGGAACAAAACUCUUGGUCUCUGAAGUUCGCAUAUCCUCGAAACUCCAAUGGAAGAUUCUUCAGGGAGACACUCUCACCCGUCGUGAAAGACGUCAGUUGAAACGCACUACCCAAGAUUUACUAAGACUGGUUCCAUUUGCUGUAUUUAUCGUCGUUCCCUUCAUGGAACUUCUCCUCCCCGUUGCUCUCAAACUGUUCCCCAACAUGCUUCCGUCUACAUUCGAGGACAAGUAUGCCUAUGAAGAGAAACAGCGCAAGCUGCUCCGAGUAAGACUUGACAUGGCCAAAUUCCUCCAAGAGACGCUCCGAGAAUCCGGGCUCAAAGCGAACGCGCAUAUCGUCGGCACAGAGACAUUCAAAGAGUUUUUCCGCAAGGUUCGCUCGACUGGAGAAUCACCAUCUGCAACGGACAUCAUCAACGUCGCCAAGCUCUUCGAUGAUGAUCUCACGCUGGACAACCUUUCGCGUCCCCAGCUCGUGUCUAUGUCGCGAUACAUGGGGCUGAACGCAUUCGGCACGGACAACUUCCUGCGCGGCGCGAUCCGCGCGCGUCUCCUCCACCUCCGCCGCGACGACCAGCUGAUUGACGCCGAAGGCGUUGACGAGCUAUCCACCUCGGAAUUGCAGGCUGCUUGUCAGUCCCGCGGUAUCAGGACUUCGGGCGUGUCACCUGCGCGACUCCGCGAGGAGCUGACGACUUGGAUCAGCUUGCAUUUGCAUAACAGGGUCUCGGGUGUGCUUUUGGUUCUUGGAAGGGCGUUCAACUUUGAUAGGAAGUUUGGCGAGGAUGAGGAUGGAAAGACGGCUGUUAUUUCCAGCUUGGAAAGUGUGCUUUCUGGACUUCCGGACAACUUGCUUAACGAAGCUGAACUUGAAGUCGACUCUGAAAAGGCUAGCUAUAAGCAGAAAUUGGAUGUCUUGCAACAACAACAGGAACUCAUUGAUGAUGAAGCCGAGCAAGAACAGAAAGAAGAGGACGCUCGCCGCGCUAAGCGUGAGAUGGAGGCCCAACUCGCUCAAGACCUUCUCCCCGAUUCCGAGCUUCUCGCCGAACCAUCUGAAACGGACAAUGCCCGUAUGACUCCAGAACAACUGAACGAACUUGCUGAUGCGCUGCUUGUGCUUUCGUCCAAGUCUAGUGUGCUCAAGGAGCGUGACGAACUCCGCGCAUUGAUGGAAGAGAACUUGCAAGCUGAAGAGGACCCUAAAUCUCCUUCAGGCGCACUGACGAAGCGCAUCCGGUCGAUGCUCACCAAGAUCGACCAGCAGCUGCAGGAGUACGACAGCCGCGUGGGCAGCUCGCUGCAGAUGAUCUCGGCGGACGCACAGGGCCGCAUCUCGGUGCAGGAUCUGGAGAAGGCGCUCGCGGUGAUCAAGCACAAGCCAGUGGACGAGGUCGGCCAGGCGGUCGUGCAGAAACUUGACGUUGACCAGGAUGGGUUUGUAGAGCUUGAGCAUGUGCUGGGGUUGAUGCGCGAGGAGGGACUGGGUGUUCUUUUGGAUGAGGAGGCGCAGUCUAUUAUCGGCCAAGGCAACGAAAUCAAGGCGUCAAGACCGCGCAAGGAAGAUAUUAUUCAAGAACAAUAG